GAAGUCCUUCGACAGGACGUAAAUCCAACUCCAGCUUUUGUACCAAGAUCAUCCAAUCGACCACCCACUCCAGAGCCAACACAAGGUUUAGUUGAAGGCGASGAAGAUUGGGAAUGCGAGGCAAGCAGUGAAGCUUUCAUACCAGCAAAUGCUCACCAAUUUCACGAUGAACAAAAAGUUGAUAGCUAUGCUGUUGUUCAAGCAAUGCAACAAAUUCAGAGUGAAAUUCAUGCUUCAUCAAGGGCAGCUCCAGUUGAUAUGUCAGCGAUGACUGCAGCUCAAAGGAAAAAUUACAAACGAUCCUUGAAAAGACAGCAGAAAAGAGCAGAGGAAGGGGGUGGAGAAGAUCAACAACCAGAAAUGUCAGAGCAGGAAAGGAUAGAUGAGAUGAUUAAAAAAUACCAUAUAGUAGUUGAUGGAGGCGGAUUUGUGGAUUUUAUUAGUGCACUGAAUAUAUAUUGUCAGCAAAAUAAGAUCAAUUGUCCCAGAUACCAGGAAGCAUGUGGUAUUUCUGGAGGCUUUGGCUUUCAAGUUAUUAUCAAGACAGACAUUUACAAAACAAACAAGUACUGUAAAACGAAAAAAGAAGCUAAGCAAAAUGCUGCUAUGGUUGCCAUGCUAGCCCUUGACAUUCAGUUUGAAUCAGGACCAAUUCCAGGAAGGAAAAACAACCCACUGACUUCAAAUGAAAGAGAACGCAUGCGUCAAACUCAUGAACAACAACUCUUGCUACGGUCAGCUAGACAACCUCAACAACAUCAGAAYCAGAWUCAACCAGUGUUGCAACCACCUAGCUCAUUUGCUUACUCACCCCCAGUUAGGAAUGAUAUAAGUUAUCACUCAAGCCAAGCAACAAAUGGUAUUGAAGAACCAAUGGCAGACCUUUCUUUGGAACCUCAG